GGAGCGUACAGUCCUCAGUAAUGAAUCCAGAAGAGCGAAUCGUGACAUGGCUUAUAUCCUUGGGAGUUUUAGAUUCCCCCAAAAAGACCAUCUGUGAUCCGGAAGAGUUCUUGAAGUCCUCGCUGAAAAAUGGGGUAGUGCUGUGCAAACUGAUCAACAGACUUAGGCCUGGCUCUAUAGAAAAGUACUGUCUGGAGCCCCAAACUGAAGCUGACUGCAUGAAUAACAUCAAUGACUUCCUGAAAGGAUGUGCGACCCUUCAAGUGGAGGUGUUUGAUCCCGAUGACCUUUAUUCAGGGGUCAAUUUCUCCAAGGUUCUGAGCACUCUUUUAGCUGUCAACAAAGCAACAGAAGAUCAGCUGUCAGAAAGACCAUGUGGACGUUCCUCUUCUCUUAGUGCUGCUAAUAGUUCUCAGACAAACCCACAGGGAGCAGUUUCUAGCACAGCUCCAGGGCUGCAAAGGCAGUCAAAGCCAGUGGAGAUGACGGAAAAUGGAAGUCACCAGUUGAUAGUAAAGGCAAGAUUCAACUUUAAGCAGACUAAUGAAGAUGAAUUGUCAGUCUGUAAAGGGGACAUCAUUUAUGUCACUAGAGUUGAAGAAGGAGGCUGGUGGGAAGGCACAUUAAAUGGGAGAACAGGCUGGUUCCCUAGUAAUUAUGUCCGAGAAAUUAAAUCCAGUGAGAGACCUCUCUCCCCCAAGGCUGUCAAAGGAUUUGAAACUACUCCACUUACCAAGAAUUAUUAUACUGUGGUCUUACAGAAUAUCUUGGACACUGAAAGAGAUUAUGCUAAAGAACUUCAGUCUCUUCUUGUUACUUACUUAAGACCCCUGCAGGCCAAUAACAAUCUGAGUACUGUGGAGUUUACAUCUUUAUUGGGAAACUUCGAGGAGGUAUGCACAUUUCAACAGACGCUCUGCCAAGCCUUGGAAGAAUGUUCCAAGUUUCCAGAAAACCAACACAAAGUAGGAGGUUGUCUACUGAACCUCAUGCCUCAUUUUAAAUCUAUGUAUCUGGCUUACUGUGCAAAUCAUCCUUCAGCUGUAAAUGUACUUACCCAGCACAGUGAUGAUCUGGAACAGUUUAUGGAAAGUCAAGGUGCAUCCAGCCCAGGGAUCCUCAUUUUAACAACAAGCCUCAGCAAACCAUUCAUGCGACUGGAAAAGUAUGUUACUCUCUUGCAAGAGUUGGAACGGCAUAUGGAGGAUACGCAUCCAGAUCAUCAGGAUAUUCUGAAAGCAAUCAUAGCAUUCAAAGCUCUCAUGGGGCAGUGCCAAGAUCUAAGAAAGAGAAAACAGCUGGAGUUGCAGAUACUUUCUGAACCUAUUCAGGCAUGGGAAGGGGAGGAUAUCAAAACCUUGGGAAAUGUGAUUUUUAUGUCACAAGUAAUGGUGCAGUAUGGAACAUGUGAGGAAAAAGAGGAGCGGUACUUCAUGUUAUUUUCAAAUGUCUUGAUAAUGUUAUCUGCAAGUCCUCGGAUGAGUGGCUUCAUUUAUCAGGGAAAAAUACCAAUAGCAGGAAUGGUGGUGACUAGAUUAGAUGAAAUUGAAGGGAAUGACUGCACAUUUGAAAUCACAGGUAGCAUAAUGGAGAGAAUUGUGGUCCACUGCAACAACAACCAGGACUUCCAGGAAUGGCUGGAGCAACUGUACAAACUGAUCAGAGGACCUGCCUCUUGCAGUUCAUUAUCCAAAACAUCAUCGUCAUCUUGUAGUGCUCAUUCCUCUUUUAGCUCUACUGGACAGCCCCGAGGACCCUUGGAGCCUCCUCAAAUUAUAAAACCGUGGAGUUUAAGUUGUCUACGACCUGCACCUCCACUUAGACCAUCAGCAGCACUAGGUUAUAAAGAGAGGAUGUCUUAUAUCUUAAAGGAGUCUAGUAAAAGCCCCAAAACGAUGAAGAAGUUUCUUCAUAAAAGAAAGACUGAAAGAAAGCCAUCAGAGGAGGAAUAUGUGAUUCGGAAAAGUACGGCUGCUCUGGAAGAAGAUGCUCAGAUUCUUAAAGUGAUUGAAGCCUACUGUACCAGCGCAAAUUUUCAACCAGGCCAUGGCUCAAGUACUCGCAAAGAUUCUGUUCCACAAGUCUUACUCCCCGAGGAAGAGAAACUCAUCAUCGAGGAAACCAGAAGCAAUGGCCAGACCAUCAUCGAAGAAAAGAGCCUUGUUGAUACUGUUUAUGCCUUGAAGGAUGAGGUCAAAGAACUGAAACAGGAGAAUAAAAGAAUGAAGCAAUGCCUGGAAGAAGAAUUGAAGUCAAGAAGGGACCUAGAAAAGCUGGUCCGGAGGCUGUUGAAGCAAACUGAUGAGUGUAUUCGGGCUGAGUCCAGUAGCAAGACCUCCAUUCUUCCAUAACCAUCACUGUGCAGCUGGGCAGAGUGUGCCUUCAGGGCAUCUUGAAAUGUCCCGCUGAAUGGUUUGACUCAGUUUGCUCACUUCUUUGGUUUUUAUUUUGUAUCUGAUUCAGUCUCUCUCUCUUUCUGUGUUUGCUUGAGUGUUUGUUGUUGUUUGGUUAGUGGUUGGUUGUUUAUUUUUUUCGACAGGGGUAAAAGGAAGGGGUGGUGGUAGAAACCUCCCCCAAGUCUUUUCCAUUCACUAAGAAAAGGAAAACUAGUACAGGCCAAUGACUUAAAUGGUCUUCAGCUGGCCUUCAAUUCAUAGUGCCUCUUUAACAGCUCUUACCCUUCUGGUCACUCUUGUUAGGCUGGCUGGUAUCCCAGAGUGGCUGGCCAUGGCUUAUUAAAUGUGAACUUGACUUUUCCCCCAAUGCUUUCCUGUACCUGGAAGCCCUUCAGUAGCUAAUUUACUGAAGGCAAAGCUUCUUGAGCUAUGACUAGAGUAGGGUGAAAAGACAAACACAUUUGCCCAAUGAUCCAGCUGCCCUUCCCUGGACCAUGAUGUGCCACCCGUCAAUGUACACUUUUUUUAAAAUUACUCCCCUAGGUUGUCUAUCAAACCAAGAAAACAGGAGCGCCCUUAUUCCUUUUGUGUUGGUUUACAUUUUAACUCUGUGGGGCGGAAGCUCUGGUCAUCCAUGCCAACACCAAAUCCGUUAGCAAAUUGCACUGGACAAUCCUCACCUUCAGCAGCAGAGUUGACCAUUUCUUCCCAGUGCAUGAUAGGUAUUUUCCCUAGCCUUCUGCCUCAUAUGUAAAGUUUAUAUUUCCCCACUGCUUUUAGCCAACCAUACCAAGGGGUGUGUAAACUAGUAUGUGUGUGCUUUGCUUACUUUUUAAAAAUAUAGACUGUGAGCAGUUACUUUAUCUACAUUGCAUAUUCAAAUUGACUUCUCAUCCUUCAAAACAAUCUGCAUUGAGGAGAUAUUGUGCCCUAGUAGAGAGCUUUAAUUCACUUUAUUGCUCUCCCAUAUAUGCUGUGAGAAGCUGUAAUAUUCAUCAGCCUCUUUGAGUGGGACUGUAAGCAUUAUUUGCAGAAGUGUGCUGUUGGUCCAGUUUGUAUAUCCAGAAAGAAAGGGCCCCUCUAGUAGCUGUGUGCUGGUUACUAGUGAAGGUGAUUAUUUGGAACUGGUUUACUCAAAUUGCUCAUCGAAUCAAACCAUUGCCUUUGUAAGGAUCUCAGAAAUUAGAACUGUGAUAAACCAGGUUUAGCAGAGGGUCACAGAAGGGCAGCACACGUCCAAAUCUCACUCAAUUGAAAGUUGGCCCAAGGCUCUAGGAAAGAGCAGUGCAACCUGCCCCUCUAUCUCCCAAAGACAAGUGAAAUUUGGCCACGUGGGGAAGAUCACUGGAAGAGAGAUAAAGGGCCAAUGGGCUGAUCAAAGUUGUCUUCCAGAUACGUUUAAUGGGUGCCUAUAAAUGUGCGUUUUGCAAAUGUUGUCUAGAAACCAAACUUGAAGCUUGAAACCCCCAGCUUGCUAAGCCCUUUUUCUUUCUAGUCCUGGGGGUCCCAAGUUCCCAUAGCUACACGGUACGGGGCUGCCGACUGCUUGCUGCAUAGCAGAAGUUACACCAUCCGUAGGAAACGGACUAUUCCUGCAGUCCAACAUCAGCCGAUCACCCACAGCGGUCUUUGCAAGCUGAAGAGUGAAGGAGAUUUCCAGGAAUGGCUAUUGUUCUGCUUUUAAGCACAGCAGUUUAGAAAUGCCAUCCUUCACCUAAAAAUUAACAACAACAACAACACAGAUCUUAGCGUCUGCCCUGUCUGUGGUUAGUCAAUGGCUUGCAAUAAAUGUGCAAACUAUAUCCAUAGGAAACAUUUUUGUGAUUACAAAAUACUUUAGUUGAUAAGGUAUAGGAUUGCUUAAAAUAGUGAAAGGUCUUUAUUUUAAAGUGACGUGUACAUAUGCAUGUUUUGGGGACUUGGCCCUUCUGAUGAGAGGCCCUCGGUACUCUGGGUAAUGAAGCUUGUGCAGAGUGGUGUCCGCACUCACACACUAAACAAUAAUAUAAAGGAAAUGAAGCCAUGUUAA